AUGAGUUCAUCAAACAUUUUCCGCAACGUCCAACGUGAUGAGAGUCCAGACUUCACGGAGCCUAAUGCAAUGGUCACACUCAUAGCCUUCGACAACGGCAACGAAGUACGAUUCACGGUCCACAAGGCGAAUGUGUGGUUCUACUCUCCGAUACUCAAUGCCGCACUUACUGGUCUUUUCGUGGAGGGACAGACCCAGACAUAUAAAUUCAGCGAAGACUUCCAUCCACAAACCAUCAAGCUGCUAUGUCAAUGGCUAUACAAACAAGAAUUGUCGAUCAAGCAGCUCAAGAAAGAUUGGGCAAAUGUCAAAGACCCCCUCUACGUCAUGGAAGCAUACAAAAAGGAGGACAUGGCGUUGGCAGAACUCUGGGUUUUGGCCGACAAGCUCUUGAUGCCUCAACUCAAGAACAAGGUCGUCGACUACAUCCGUGACAUUGCCCUAGAGUAUACCGCUCUGCCACUUAACACCAUCUGCCAAUACGUCUAA